AUGCAACGCGCCUGCGUCAACGACGCUGGGGGGGCGGGCUUUCCGCGCGGUGCAUUGUGGGAGAAGGGUGGGGACAUCCUGAGAGCGAUGGACGGCAGCAAAGAUGCGCCAGGGAAAACCAGCCGGUGGUUUGGCGUCACAGUGCCCAAAUCGGUGAAGACCAAUGUGAACAUCCUCCACCAGGAGAAGCUGAUCGCUCAAAAGAAGCGGGAGAUUGAGGCCAAGCUGGAGCGUCAAGCCAAGCGGAGCCACUUGGCUAAUCAGCAGGCCUCGCAGGCCAGCGAUGAUGACAGUGGAGAUGGGGAAAGCUCUGUUUCCAACAAAUUUGCCAACGAUGGGAGUUUCCUCCAGCAGUUCCUCAAGCUGCAGAAGGAGAAGUUGGGCAGUGACGCUUCCUCCAGCUCUGCCAAGGCCUCUGUGGCAAACCCCCCAGCUGCCAGCACUACAAAGAAGCCCUCACUGAGCGGGAAGCGCCCCAACCUGAGUGUCACCAGCAUGCUGAACCAGGUCAAGAACUACACCCAUUCCAAGCAGACACCCGUGACCAACCGCCUCAGUGUUUUCCAGUCGCCAGACGAUGAGGAUGAGGAGGAAGACUAUGAGCAGUGGCUGGAGAUAAAAAUUUGUCCCCCAGAGGACACCCGGACUCGCCGAGUGGUGGAGAAGCUGGCCAGGGUCGUGGCGGAAGGGGGCCCUGAUCUGGAGAAGGUGGCGCUUGAGGACUGCAAGGACAACCCAACUUUUGCAUUCCUGCACGAUAAGAACAGUCCGGAGUUUCUGUAUUACAGGAAAAAGCUGGCGGAAAUGUGGAAGAAGGGUCAAGAUCCAGAAGAGGUCCCUUUGCAGAAAGUUUCGCCUCCAGAGGACGAAGAGACCAAGGACUGCGCCGAGAAGCUCGCCAGGUUCGUUGCUGACGGGGGCCCUGUGGUGGAAAUGGUCGCCCUGAAGAACCACCGGGAGAACCAGUCCUUCAGAUUUUUGUAUGACCCCGGCAGCUCCGGCUACAAGUAUUACCGGCAGAAGCUGGAGGAAUACCGGAAAGCCAACGACGACGCCGAGGGGGUCCCUCCCAUCCCGGCAGCCAACCUGAAACGCAAAGUCCCUCCCAAGGGGGCUCCCUCUUCUUCUUCUUCUUCCUCUUCCUCUUCUUCUUCUUCCUCCUCCUCCUCCUCCUCCUCCUCAGUGGCUCUGCUGCCUACACCGGCCGCCCCUCCUGCAAAGCCACUGCAGCCACUGCCGCCUGCGCCUGCCACCAAAAAAAAGAGGAAAAGCCGGUGGGGCCCGGAAGAGGAGAAGGUGGACUUGCCUCCCCCAGAGCUCACUCAGCAGACAGAGGACCCCUCGCCUACCCCGUUGUCGUUCCAGGACCUCAAAGGCCUCGGCUAUGCGAAGGGGAAGCCGGUCGGGCUGGUGGGGGUGACGGAGCUUUCGGAUGCCCAGAGGAAGCAGCUGAAGGAGCAGCAAGAGAUGCAGCAGAUCUACGACAUCAUCAUAAAGCACAAACAGGCCAUGCAGGAGAUGCAGAUCAUGUGGGAGAAGACGGUCAAGGAGCACCAGUCCGGCUAUGACAGCGAUGAGGAGGUGGACAGCGAGCUGGGCACCUGGGAGCAUCAGCUGAGGCGCAUGGAGAUGGACAAGACGAGGGAGUGGGCAGAGCAGCUGACUCAAAUGGGCCGUGGGAAGCAUUUCAUUGGGGAUUUCCUGCCACCUGACGAGCUGGAGAAGUUCAUGGAGACCUUCAAGGCCCUGAAGGAAGGUCGCGAGCCAGACUACUCCGAAUACAAGGAGUUCAAGCUGACGGUGGAGAACAUCGGUUUCCAAAUGUUGAUGAAGAUGGGCUGGAAGGAGGGCGAAGGCCUGGGGUCGGAGAGACAGGGCAUCAAAGCUCCCGUCAACAAGGGCGUGACAGCAGUAGACGGGGCGGGGUUUGGGAUCGACCGCCCCGCUGACCUGACCAAGGAGGACGAUGAAUACGAAGCGUUCCGCAAGAGGAUGAUGCUGGCCUACAGAUUCCGGCCCAACCCGCUGAACAAUCCCAGACGUCCGUACUACUGAAACCCAGCAACCUGCUUUUCCUCCCCUCUUUUCAAAUCGUCGGUUGGUUGGUUUACUGUGUUGCGUUUAUGGAAUCGACAUAUUCCCCCCCCCCCGCCUUUUUACUUUGAAAGCACUCUUGGUUUUUUUUUUUAAAAAAAACUCAAGACCUGUCUUGUUCGCCCAGCCCAUAGCGAUCAUGGGGAGGGGGCUGUGCUGUUAUUGUUGUCUACCCCCCCCCCCAA